CGGGCUCUCAUAAUACGACGUAAACAAUUGAAACAAGUUUGUGAACGCCUUCAUAAUUCUCAUACGAACAUUUCAAGCAAAAUAUGUAGUCAGUUGCCCAAAGGAAAUGAGGACAGUAGUAUAAAUAAAUAUUAUUUCAUAAAUUUACUGUGUUUAAUUGUAAAACAACUAAGGAUUCCAUAUUUGUACAAAUAAUUUUGUUUAUAAGCUCAAGGAAUAGAGUUCAUAAUGAGUCAACAAUUCGGCGACGUCGCUUGAUAUUAUUGGCCACAUCCAACGAAUGGGGAGAAAAACAAACAAAAAAGUUCUGCCCUAAACAAAGAAUAGUGUAUAAUACAAUAUACGAAAACUUCAAAAAUUUCUUAUCAGUUGGUUGUGAAUCUGAUAACUACCUACUUAGUUUCGAUAUUUAAUAAAACACAUAUAUAUUUAUUAAAACUUUGUAAGGUGUAACAGCUGUUGAGGGGAACUUUAAGAUACAAUAUAAAGACCGAGUAUAGUGUGACGUGUCACAAAGCGCAGCAGCCAACGUACCAUUAUAAAAGUGCUUAUUAAGUUUUUUUGAAAUAUAAAAAAAAUGUGUGGUACAAAUACUACGGGUACAAAGGGGACAAGAGCUCUUAUACUUGUGGGGGGCUAUGGAACUCGGCUACGACCCUUAACCCUUAGCACACCGAAACCACUAGUAGAGUUUGCCAACAAGCCUAUUUUACUGCAUCAAUUAGAAGCUUUAGUUAAUGCAGGUUGCAACCAGGUUAUACUUGCUGUAUCUUAUCGAGCUGAGCAAAUGGAAAAGGAGCUUAAACAAGAAGCAGAGAAGUUAGGAGUUAAUUUAAUAUUCUCGCAUGAAACUGAACCCCUUGGUACAGCUGGUCCUUUAGCUUUGGCGAAAGACAUACUGAGUUCUAGCAAGGAACCGUUUUAUGUACUGAAUUCUGAUGUCAUUUGUGAUUUUCCAUUCAAACAGUUAGAACAGUUUCAUAAAAAUCACGGCAAGGAAGGUACAAUUGUUGUAACAAAAGUAGAAGAGCCAUCUAAGUACGGUGUGGUGCUUUACAAUGAACAGGGUCGAAUCGAGAACUUCAUAGAAAAACCACAAGAGUUCGUGAGCAACAAAAUUAAUGCCGGUAUAUACAUAUUUAAUCCAUCUGUGCUAGACCGCAUAGAAGUGAAACCUACUUCAAUUGAAAAGGAAGUAUUUCCCGUAAUGGCUAAUGAAAAACAGUUGUAUGCGAUGGAACUGCCAGGUUUUUGGAUGGAUAUUGGGCAACCCAAGGAUUUCUUAACAGGCAUGUGCCUUUACCUAACAUCGUUGCGGCAGAAACAGUCGUCAAAACUUUACACAGGCGUGGGUGUUGUUGGCAAUGUGCUGGUGGAUCCUACAGCUAAAAUUGGCGAAGGUUGUCGGAUCGGACCAAACGUGACUAUCGGUCCAGAUGUCGUAAUUGAAGAUGGCGUUUGUAUCAAACGUUCAACAAUUUUGAAAGGUGCCAUAGUAAAGUCUCAUUCUUGGCUGGAUUCUUGUAUUGUGGGUUGGCGUUCGGUUGUAGGUCGCUGGGUGCGCUUGGAGGGCAUAACAGUCCUUGGGGAAGAUGUUAUUGUAAAGGAUGAAAUCUACAUAAACGGUGGACAGGUGCUGCCACAUAAAAGUAUAGCCGCUAGUGUGCCAGAACCACAGAUAAUAAUGUGAAUGAUGUAUGUCAACGCAUAUUAUAUAUGUAGCUAAUGAGAUGGAGUUUUCUUCACUAUACUACAUACUCUAAUUGUAAUAUAUAGGUAUUAUUACGUGUUGUCUAUGCUUUACUCCUUAUUUUCCUUAAAUAUACAUAUUCCUAAUUCAAAUUUUUUGGUCCGACAUUUCCACUUAGUCUUCUAAUCAUUUAUAUUUGAAUAAGGUACGCUAUUUACACUGGUACGUAACAAUAUAUUGAAUAUUACAUCAUUGACUUAAGGAUUGACAUCGAUACUGUAGUAAGAAGAAGAGUUAAUAUAAAAAUGAUUUCUGCAAGUCGAUACUUAUACCGUGUAGUAUAAAAAAAAUAAAAACUUGCUUUUAAAAAUA